AUGCUCUUUAUUAUAAUGUGUGGGCCUGGAGUUGUGUCCUGGCUGCAGCUUAGUCAACAUAAAGUGAAUUAUCUUUUUCUUCCUCAGAUUGAAGACGGCUACAUGAAGGUCCGAGAGACGGCUGCCCCCACUCUUUCUUGGACAGGACGCAGUGUGGGGCCCCAGAGCCCUGUGUUGGCCACGGUGCACCUGUGACCUAGAACAGGACCAUGAGCCUCGCGAGUGACAGAGGGACAUCGGAGAGCAUCUUUGACCUGGACUAUGCCUCGUGGAAGAUCCGCUCGACGCUGGUGGUUGCUGGCUUUGUCUUCUACCUGGGCGUCUUCGUGGUGUGCCACCAGCUCUCCUCCUCCCUGAACGUCACGUACCGUUCCCUGGUGGCCAAGGAGAAGGUCUUCUGGAACCUGGCGGCCACGCGGGCUGUGUUUGGGGUCCAGAGCACAGCCGCGGGCCUGUGGACGCUGCUGGUGGACCCCGUCCUGCAGGCCGACAAAGCACACGCCCAGCAGAGCUGGUCCUGGUUUCACAUCGCCACGGCCACGGGCUUCUUCUUCUUCGAGAACACAGCCCUGCACCUGUCCAACGUGCUCUUCCGGACCUUCGACCCGUUUCUGGUUCUCCACCACCUCUUUGCCUUCCUGGGGUUUCUGGGGUUAGUGUUCAACCUCCAAGCUGGCCACUACCUAGGCAUGACCACCCUGCUCCUGGAGAUGAGCACGCCCUUCACCUGCGUGUCCUGGAUGCUCCUGAAGGUGGGCUGGUCCGACUCUCUGUUCUGGAAGGUGAACCAGUGGCUCAUGAUCCACAUGUUCCACUGCCGCAUGGUCCUCACCUACCACAUGUGGUGGGUCUGCAUCCAGCACUGGGACGGCCUGCUCCACAGCCUGUACCCGCCACACCUGGCGCUCUUCCUCUUCGGCAUGAGCCUCCUCACGCUGGUGCUGAACCCGUACUGGACCCAUAAGAAGACACAGCAGCUGCUCAACCCCGUGGACUGGAACUUUGGGCAGCCGCCACCCCGGAGCAGCGCUCCCCACAGGGCCAACGGCCAGGUGCCCUCAAGGAAGGGGCAGUAGCCUCUGGGGAGCACACAGCUGGCCUCCUGGCGCCCCUAGUGCUGACGUCACGGCGAGGGGGCCGUGGGUCCUGCGCGCCGAGCGCUGUUCCUAAGAGACUGACUUGGUGGUUGUUAGUAUUAAUUCCCAAGUCACCACCGAGUGUCUCCAAGACGUGAUUUGCCUUCAGGAACAAAGCUUUUCCAUACUGGUGUCCUUGUCUGUUAUGGUCCUGGGAGCUCGCCCGGGUGGGCUGCUCGUCCUGAGAGAGGAAUAGGGUGGAGGCAGGGCUGUGCCUGAAAGCAGGCAGCCCGGGUUUCCUCACCUUCGGCUUUGCUGUGCUGCACAGAUGUGGCGUUUUCUACAAACGAGGGCGGUGUCUCCCCAGCAGAAGGGUUACGACUCCUGUAUUUCCAUGCCCACCGGUUGCUGUCGUCAGGAACCCCACCUGCCAGGUCUGCGAGGGCUGCCUGGACUGAAGUGACUUCCUAUUAGAAAUGCCACCUGCUAGUGUGGCCCAGUGGGCAGGGAUUUUUCCCGGCUACACCUUCAACAGGUGGCUCUCCUCUCAGCUGAGAAGAAUUGCCCCAAGGCAGAAAAGAAGGCGACCUGGUACAUCGUUCAAGUCUCCCAGGGCGUGAAAUUUCAGAUCGGCGCGAAGCGGUGCCACCUAGUGGCGCGGCGGUGUAAAGACGCCGUGUGGGAACCACCACCUUGGAGGUCGCCCCGCGGAGCGAAUGUGGGGUGGGUGACCCAAAGGUUUGCAGGUUUUUAUCAAGGAAGCUAUAAAACAAGAAUUAUGUAUUCACAUUGUGUGGCCCAGUUGACAAAAUAAGGAAGAUAGUAAUCAGAAUUGUCUAGAUUUCAGAGCCUUUUCAAAUUGACCGAGUUGCCAACAGGUGCCCAAAUUAGACCCCAAUUCCUUGGUUUGUUUUCUCUAGAUUUCAAGACAGGCAGUGACCGCUCUCCCUGCAGCUGUGGGGCAGGCCCUGCCCUCAGCUGCUGGGCCGCCGCCCUGAAGCUCCUGCAGCCGUGGGCUCCACCCUGCUUCCCUCAGCUGUCCGGUGUCAAGCCCCAGGGGCCAUCGGCAUCACUGCUGUGCCUGGGUGGACUUUGCACCCCCCCCACAGAUGCACAACAUUUUAUUCUUGUCACAAGUGUGCAGUUAAAAUCAAAACUUUAUUUUUAUCGAAAGCACCUUUGAAGGACAUGUGUCUGUCGGUGGUGAAAUCGUUUGGGACCUGGGGCUGUUACGUACGCGGGACCCUCAGGAUCGUGUGUUGUGAUUGCCAGUGCUCUGACUUUAUUGGUCACGUAACCCUACUUAUCGCAUCUUAAGAUGUGAGUUAAACCCUAACAGUACCCAGAGGAUCGGGCCCCUGCUGCGGCGACUAAGCCGCGGUGCGCCCCUCCCCGCCCGCGGCCUGCCGGUCCUGUUCCUGUGGAAGCAGAGAGAGGUGGCAGACAUCUAACAAAGUGAAAUAAAGUAACCGGUGUUUACAGACCCCAA